UCUAUAAGUGCCGGCUGGAUUUUACAAGCGCUCUCCAGUCCGCUCUAUUCCCAGCGCGCACGCGGCUGAUGAGAAAAGCCUGGUACCGCUUUUAAACGUGUGGAAAGACUGAGCGUGUAGAGAAAAACAUGGAGGAGAAGAAGAGCGAAAUCAAUGGACACGCCGGCCACAAAAGCCCGUUACCAGCGGUCUCGAUCAAAUCAGAAAAGAACAGCUUUAAAGACCGGUUAAUGGUCUUCUUCAAAAGAAACCUCCUAGUGAUCUUGACGGUGUCCGGGGUUCUGGUGGGCGUUGGGCUCGGGAUGAUGGUCCGGAACAUGAACCUAACCCGAGCGCAAAUGACUUACUUCGCCUUCCCCGGAGAGAUGCUGCUGAGGAUGCUCAAGAUGAUCAUCCUUCCUUUAGUGGUUUGCAGUUUGAUCUCUGGCGCUGCGAGUAUGGACACGCGCUCGCUGGGGAAGCUCGGAGGGAUCGCCGUGUCUUACUUUCUGGUGACCACUCUGAUCGCUUCAUCUAUCGGGGUAGCUCUCGCCUUCAUCAUCAAACCCGGCGUGGGAGCGGGAGCGCUGAACACCAACAAUUUAGGGCUGGAAGGCUUGAGCUCCAACAAAGAGACAGCAGAUUCGUUUUUAGACCUUGCCAGAAACCUGUUUCCAUCCAACCUGGUGGCCGCAGCUUUCCGCUCAUAUGUCACUGAUUACAAGACAAUUCUUGUUGGAAAUGGAACAAAUGGAACCCUCAACUACCAGAAGGUUCCCUAUGGAACAGAUGCAGAUGGAAUGAAUAUUCUGGGCCUUGUUCUCUUUGCUAUGGUUUUUGGAGUUGCUUUGAGAAAGCUUGGUGCAGAAGGAGAAGAGCUCAUUCGCUUUUUCAAUGCAUUCAAUGAAGCCACCAUGGUACUGGUGACAGCCACUGCCUCCAGUGUGGGAGCAGCAGGUAUUCCAGCUGGAGGCAUCAUCACCAUCGCUAUCAUUCUGGAGGCCAUAGGUCUGCCCACCCAUGACCUGUCACUCAUGUUGGCUGUGGACUGGAUUGUGUAA